AUGCACUUUCUAUUUCUAUUCUGUUUCUUUUCUCGUGGACAUGUGGCAACCUCCUUACUCGGCACACGUGCGCUAGCAGAGGAAGCGACAUACAUAUGUUGGGGCGCGGCGAUCCUCGCCUGCCUCCCGACCACCGCCGCCGCCGCGCGCACCAGCGUCCUCUCCAGCCGCUGGCGCGGCCUGUGGAAAUGCGUCCCGGCGCUCUCUUUCCACGUGGAGCCAAAGGCGCCGCCGGGUGCUUUUUCCUCCACCGCUAACGCCGUCGACGCCGCCCUCGACGCCUACUCUGACUCCGCCGCGCUGAACCGCCUCGCCCUCGACGUGGAUCCGUCAACCCCAGUGCCACGCAUCGCGCACUGGCUGCGCUUCGCAUCGCUGCGCCACGCCGGCGAGCUCCGCCUCUCCCUCUCGGGCGCCGGCGGCGGCGCCGGCGCACGAGGGAUCUCCACGGGGCACAACAUUCGUAGGCGGCUGAUCAAGCUACCGAUCUACCAGAGGGCGACGGGCAUCGAGCUCGCCAGGAUCAACUUCCAGCUCCGACUCCCAAGUGCCGGCGUGUUCACGUCGCUGCGCGCCCUCAGGAUCAACGGAGGCAAGUUGCACGGCGACGUCGGCCACCUCGUGUCUACGCAGUGCCCGCGCCUUCGGGAGCUCGAGAUGAGCAACGUGGGCGUCGUCGUCGCCGCCGGCCAGAUCUCCAUCAGCUCCACGUCGCUACAACGGCUUGUGUUCAGACAAAUCAGCGGCAUCAGCAAAAAGGCCCGUAUCGUGGUUGCUUCACCAAGCCUAUACUAUCUGGCUUUGGAAAACUGUGGAGACAGAUCUGCUGCAGCUACCAUCGUCGCUCCCAUGCUGGCCGAGCUGAUUUGGAAUCACAGCUAUGACCCUAGCCGCCAUAGCAUCAAGGAUGCCGAUCGCCAAAUCUACAGGCUAGCAGUCACCUGCAGAUCCAACACGGCGUUGUUUCAACGAUUCGAUGCCGUCGACGAGAUGUCCCUCCAUCUGUCCAUGUUGCCGGGCGUGCAGGGAUACAAAAAAUUUGUAGAAGGUAUGGAAGAGCUUACCAGGACCAAGGUUUUAGAAGUGAAAGGGCUAUCGACGAAACAACAUCUAGGGCCAGCAAUGCUGCAUCUCCUCAAGAAAUUUACUGGGUUAACAAAGCUUAAGAUUGACCUCCUCCCAGUGAACACCUGGCAAUCACUAUGUGGUCAUGAUUGUAAAUGUCUGGAACCUGGAAGCUGGAGAACUGACAGUGUCACCCUGGAUUCGCUAGAGGAGCUAGAGAUCAGUAGUUUCACCGGAGCUGAGGAUGACACUGAGUUCCUGAAGCUGCUGUUUGGGUGCAAGAUCAAACUCAGGAGGAUGGCCAUCCACACAAGAAAAGACGUUUCUCUGAGUCAGGAGGUUCAGAAGCAUCUCUGGGGUCUGGCACGUCCACAUUGCAUCAUCCUCGAGUUUGAAACCAUGCAAUUCCAUAGAUGAUGAUGCCAAAGGAGACGAUGAUGAAACACUU